CAGACAAGUAUGUCGCAUAGAGCUAUACCGCACGUGGAUGUGAAUUCGACGCAGUUCCACCGCUCGCUGGUGAACGUAACUUCGGAGUGCGUGUGCCGUAAUCUUCGAUCUAUACGGUUCUCCGAGUCACGACCGUUCCAGUUUCUUUUCCAUCGCCAGGGACCUAACAAAAAAAUAACUAGUCGUCGUCAUCGUCAUCGUUACAGUUGUUGUCGUCGAAUGCUGCGUCUCGUCGAUUCGGCGGUAUGGAUUCGGCUGUUUCAGCGCUCUACUCGUUGACCGAUGAUCGGUCUCCAUGCUCGUUGUCAGACUGUAAGUGAGCCUCCCGAAUCACGGAGUCGGACCCCGGGCAUUGUUCGCCGCGCAUUCGCAUCUCCUUCUCCAUUGCGUUCCCCGUCUCCGUCUCGCGAACAAAUUCAAGUCACAAGAGGGGAGGGGAGGGGGGGUGGCGAGCGUAUGUCGUUGGAUAAUAAAUUGGUGGCGAGGCCCAAGGUCUUCGGGCCAGUCGGAGACCAGCGGGGAAACUAGUUGGCCUCACCUAUCGCCGAGGCGGCAACGUUCGCCAUGGUCGAGGAGGAUGAAAAAAUCACCAUCGAGCGAAGAUCUGGUCGCAAUUCCCGGCCGAGUUGAGAGAAACAAGGAGUAUGCAAGGGGCUCGGCUGGACCGAGCGAACGCGACCACGUAAGGUUUCCCGAAGUCGAACGGACAACCGGGAAAAGAAAACUGGCGGGACUCGCUGCGUUCGAGAUGAGGGCUAGUCCAACAAUGGAUCCCGAUAGAAUAAAUCUUAGGAAUGGAAAACGGCGUAAUGUCAAAGUGUUGGACGACGAGGCUGCACGCAAUUCUUCAAAGGAAGCCAGAAGGAAUGCCGAGAUCGACGUACUCGACUCCGCGAAGAGGCGAAGAAGUGUUACCGGAUCACAAACAGCGAGCUCUGCAAAGUUUCCGGGGGUGAAGCUGAACUUGAGUUUGUCGAUUCGCAGCCCCCAGCUGGACGUGGGGCGAGUCUUUCAAUGCAGUCGAGGAAACGAGUCGCAAUUUACGAAGGCGGGGUCUAUCGCCGAGUUCAAGAGGGACGUGUUAAAAGAGCGAGAACGGAAGCGACGGAUGAACGUCCGUAUGCGCGAUAUUUUUGAUGCAGAAAAAAUCCAGGCGAUGUCGAGGAGAGUCAGCGAAAUCGACUUCGAUAGGCUGAAAAUUGGCGGCGAUUCGCACGAUGAACGAUCCGAGGUCAGCUUCGUCAGAAACAUGUCCUCGAUGACGCUCUUCGACGGCAAUUACAGGGAGCCCAAAUCUGAUUGCGGCACCGCUGACGACGACGGCGAAAUAAACUACGCAAGGCCUGAAAUGCCCAAACGCAAGGUUGCCGGUAGACUGAAGAACUUCCUAAUUCAGAAAGACCGGGACGCUGGCUCACUCCUCGAGGAAUCGUCGCAAAUCAAGUCGGAAGCAACGGACUUCGUGGACUCCGACAUGGCCACCAAAGCUCACUGCCUGAAAAUUUGCGACGAGACCGGCGAAACGGUGGGGGAAUUCGAAGGGAAUUGUCGGAGAGUCGAAUAUUGUACAAACGAUUUGACGACGAGUUUGAACGCAGUCGCUGAGGGGUUUUUUGCCGGGGUGUAUCGCCUUCGACGUCGAAUGUACGGAAAUGACAAAGUCAAAGUUCGAACGAGGUGGAGAUCUCAGAGCGGAUUCGAGGAGGUUCUCGAGCAUGUCGAAUCCAGGAAAAUUAGAUUCGUCGCGAUUGCUCCAGAUCUCGUAGGAAGCUGCGAUUGCCCAGGAGCUAGUCGACGAGGUUCUAAGCGAGUCGACGCUCGCGAGGGCUCCUUUUCAGAUUCAAUCCCAGGUCUCGAGGGAAUCCGGGCAGCUUGCAGAGGACCAUUUUAAGAAGUAUUCGGAAGAAACGCCGCUGUCACCGG